AUGAGCCCGCCCGCCGACCUCGCCAACAUCCCCAAGAAGCACAAGGCUGCUGUCUACGACAAGCCGGGAACGCUCAGCAUCAAGGUCACGGAGAUUGACACGCCGGAGCCCGCGCAGGGUGAGGUGCUUGUGCGCCUGACCCACUCGGGUGUCUGUCACUCGGACUAUGGAGUCAUGAUGAACGCUUGGAAGGCGCUCCCCGCCCCUACCCCAGAGGGUCAAGUUGGCGGCCACGAAGGUGUAGGCUAUGUCGCCAAGCUCGGCCCAGGCCUUGAGAACUCCCCCGUCAAGGUCGGCGACCGCGUCGGCAUCAAGUGGAUGUCGGCUGUGUGCAAUACGUGCACGGCAUGCCUGAGCGGCCGUGACGCAUCGUGCUCAUCAGGCAAGAUCAGUGGCUACUUCACUCCGGGUACUUUCCAGCAGUACGCGACCGCUCCUGCCUCAUACGUCACUCCGAUUCCCGAGGGGCUCGACUCGGCGGCCGCCGCGCCCCAGCUCUGUGCCGGCGUGACGGUAUACGCGGCUCUGCAGAAGGCCGACGUCAAGGCCGGCCAGUUCGUCGUCAUCAUGGGUGCUGGCGGUGGCUUGGGGCACCUUGCGUGUGCCCUCGCAUCUAAGGGUCUCGGGGCGCGCGUGAUCGGCAUCGACCACGGUAGCAAGAAGGCCGUGGCGGAGGAGAAUGGUGUCGAGUUCUUCAUCGACUUUACGCAGACUAAGGAUGUGACGGCCGAGGUCAUGAAGAUCACCGGCAUUGGCGCGCACGCCGUCCUCGUCCUUACCGCAUCCAAUGCGGCUUACGCCCAGUCUCUCACAUUCCUCCGCUUCGCCGGCACCGCCGUCUGUGUCGGCGUCCCAGAGGGUGAAAUGGUACCUGUGGGCUCGGCUGCACCUGCGCUCUUCAUCUUCAAGGAGCUCCGGUUGGUCGGCUCGGCUGUGGGCGGUCGUCUGCAAGCCAUCGAGACACUUGACUUUGCCGCGCGCGGCGUCAUCAAGACGCACUACAAGACGGCAAAGCUUGAAGACCUGGCACAGGUCUUCCGAGACAUGGAGGAGGGCAAGAUCCAGGGACGCGUUGUCCUUGAGAUUGACUAG